GGAGCAGCACCAGAGCAAGACGCUCAGGCGGAUCCAGAAGAUGUCUUUGCUGUGAAGUUCUGGCUGCAUCAGGGUCUUAUGAUUCUCCGUUAACAGCUGCUACCUGCCAAAGAAAAAACCACCCAACCCAUGAGUGGGCAUCGAAACGUGAAGAGGCGAUGUGGGGAGUCGCACCUGGAAUCCCCCGCGGGCUGCGGCCACGGGCCCGCUGCUGGCUGCGUGCUGAGCAAACUGGUGCAGCUGCCCACACCUCCCUUGUCAAAGCACCAGCUGAAACGGUUAGAAGAGCACAAAUACCAGAGUGCAGGACGAUCCCUGCUUGAACCCCUAAUGCAAGGUUACUGGGAAUGGUUAGUUGGAAGAGUUCCAGCCUGGAUUGCCCCCAAUCUGAUCACCAUCAUUGGACUGUUAAUAAAUAUAUUUACAACUCUGCUAUUAGUAUAUUACUGCCCAACAGCUACAGAACAGGCACCUCCCUGGGCAUACAUUGCUUGUGCAUGUGGCCUUUUCAUCUACCAGUCUCUGGAUGCUAUAGAUGGAAAACAAGCAAGAAGAACAAAUAGCAGUACUCCAUUAGGAGAACUUUUUGAUCAUGGCUGUGAUUCGCUUUCCACAGUCUUUGUGGUUUUGGGCACUUGUAUUGCUGUGCAGCUGGGAACCAACCCUGACUGGAUGUUCUUUUGUUGUUUUGCUGGAACGUUCAUGUUUUACUGUGCCCACUGGCAGACGUACGUCUCCGGAACGUUGCGCUUCGGCAUAUUUGAUGUUACGGAGUCUGUGCUCUGUACUGUAGCAAUCCAGCUCCUCACAGGAACCCUGGGGCCCUCCUUCUGGAACUAUACGAUUCCAAUACUGAAUAUUCAGAUGAAGAUAUUCCCAGCCCUCUGCACAGUUGCAGGAACCAUAUUCUCCUGUACAAACUACUUUGGUGUGAUCUUCACAGGUGGAGUUGGCAAAAAUGGAUCCACUAUAGCAGGAACGAGUGUGCUCUCACCUUUCCUUCAUAUUGGGUCAGUGAUUGUGUUAGCUGCAAUGAUCUACAAGAAAUCUGCUGUGCAGCUCUUCGAGAGGCAUCCCUGCUUAUAUAUACUCACCUUUGGUUUUGUAUCUGCUAAGAUAACAAAUAAACUAGUGGUUGCACACAUGACCAAGAGUGAAAUGCACCUGCACGACACGGCCUUCAUAGGCCCAGCACUGCUGUUUCUGGAUCAGUAUUUUAACAGCUUUAUUGAUGAGUAUAUUGUCCUCUGGAUUGCCCUGCUCUUCUCUCUCUUUGACCUGCUGCGAUACUGUGUCAGUGUGUGCAACCAGAUCGCUGCCCACCUGCACAUCCACGUGUUCCGCAUCAAGGCCUCCUCCAGCCAUUCCAACCACCACUAGUGCCCCAGGGGCUCAGCGUCAGGAGGAACAAGGGAGAGCUGGGUUUGCCACCUGAGCAGAUAUGUGGGAGACUAAAGGCAAAAAGCAGAUAAGGACAAAGUAACUUAUAAUAAUCAAUGUUGUCUAACUCUCUGUCAUCAGUAACACUCCUUGACUAGUCUCCUGCCUGAGAGAGUGAAUUCCAAGUACACCCUAGUCAACUCUACAUGUAGUCAACUCUGUUGGUUCAAAGCCUGGGAAAGCAUGCAGGGAGUAAUGCUCUGUCUCUGUAAUUACCUUGAUUACAAAUUAAUCUCUAUAUGGUGAAUGGCUCCCCAACAACUGAAGUUUCUAAUGUAGUUUAAUUCCAGCUGCAAUACAACUCGCUUUUACUUUUACUGUUUCAUGAUCUCUUAGUGAAAUACUUGUUUAGUGUCCACUUGGAAUUUAUUUACUAAAGACCUGAGCUGGUUUAAACCAACAAAAACAAAUCAAGAGAUAUCCCACUGGCUUGUGGAGCUGCAAAAGCUCUGGAGGGUCGAGGCCUGACUGAUGUGCUGCUUCAGCUUGUGCCUGGAGGAGGCAGUUUGGUGCUGGGGUGGUGCAGGGGCUGGGGCUGGGCUGGGAGGGGUGCUCAGCAUUCACAGCAGUGGGGGAUCUUUGUCAAGUAAUUUUAUUUUUUUAAAUAAACAUUAUCUAAAAAGACAA